GCACACAGUUCCGUUAGUUCAGUUGAAUUCCGCCAGCUCUCCAGAAAACUCGCACGAAAGGGAGCUAUAAAACCGUUAAAUUGGAGUUCCUAAACCAACAAAAUCGCUAAAAAAUGUGUUAAUUUUAUUAUAAUAUCCAAUAAUUAUUGGUAAACAAACUUAUUUUGAGAGUAUUAAAAGAAAAACCCUUGAAAGAAAAAGCAAAAAAAAAGUGAAAAGAAGUGCUACAAAACCAAUAGACAAGCUAAAAGCAAACUGAAAACUUGAGUAAAGUGACAAGAUCCAAUCCCUCGGAUAACAGAGUUAGUUGAACCCUCCGAAUUGUUUACCCCGCACAUUGCUCACCUGGUUUUCUUCGCUGGCAACGUAGUCGGCCAUUGAGUUGGCCGAUACCAAACGACCUUCAAAACGUUUUGCGUCGAGGCAAUACGCACCAUGGGCUGCGCACAGUCUGCCGAGGAGCGAGCCGCAGCCGCCAGGAGUCGCCUCAUCGAGCGCAAUCUCAAGGAGGAUGGCAUACAGGCGGCAAAGGACAUCAAACUCCUGCUGCUGGGUGCCGGUGAAUCGGGCAAGAGCACAAUAGUCAAACAGAUGAAAAUCAUUCACGAGAGCGGCUUCACUGCGGAGGACUUUAAACAAUAUCGACCGGUUGUCUACAGCAACACAAUACAAUCAUUAGUUGCAAUAUUGCGCGCGAUGCCAAACCUAAGUAUUCAGUACAGCAAUAACGAGCGGGAGAGCGAUGCCAAGAUGGUGUUUGAUGUGUGCCAGCGGAUGCACGACACCGAACCCUUCUCGGAGGAGCUGCUGGCCGCCAUGAAACGCCUCUGGCAGGAUGCCGGCGUCCAGGAGUGCUUCUCGCGCAGCAACGAAUACCAACUGAACGAUUCCGCUAAAUAUUUCCUGGAUGAUUUGGAUCGGUUAGGCGCAAAGGAUUACCAGCCAACUGAACAGGAUAUCUUGCGUACUCGCGUCAAGACCACUGGCAUCGUUGAGGUACACUUUUCCUUCAAAAACCUCAACUUUAAAUUGUUUGACGUGGGCGGCCAGCGUUCGGAGCGUAAGAAAUGGAUACACUGCUUCGAGGAUGUUACAGCGAUCAUUUUCUGCGUGGCCAUGUCUGAGUACGAUCAAGUCUUGCAUGAGGAUGAAACCACGAACCGCAUGCAAGAGUCGCUGAAACUGUUUGACUCGAUCUGUAACAACAAAUGGUUCACGGAUACCUCGAUCAUUCUAUUCCUAAACAAGAAGGAUCUGUUCGAGGAGAAGAUCCGCAAGAGUCCCCUGACAAUUUGCUUCCCCGAGUACACAGGUGGACAGGAGUACGGCGAGGCGGCUGCUUACAUUCAGGCUCAAUUUGAAGCGAAAAACAAAUCAACCUCAAAAGAAAUCUACUGCCACAUGACGUGUGCCACAGAUACCAACAACAUUCAGUUUGUAUUCGAUGCUGUCACCGAUGUCAUCAUAGCAAACAACCUGCGCGGCUGUGGACUGUACUAAGGAGGAUUCGCGAUAGUGGAUCCCGAUGAUGAUGAUGAUGGCGAUGAUGAUGAUGAUGAUGGCGAUGACGAUGACGAUGAUGUGGAGCAGAAUGGGGGCGUUAGCAGGGAACACCGUAACGGUAUUAAAGAGCAGCGCGGGAGCACAACAACCCACCAGCAUUGAUCAAAAACCAAACAAUUUAAGAGCAGAUGAUAGAGCCAACAUACCAACCAACCAACCAACCAACCGCAACCACACAGAAAACACAGGACACUGAACACUAAACAAGCAAAGCCCAAAGAACUUUUAUUUGUUUAACAAAAAAACGGCGGACGGACAGAAAUCCCGGACGGAUGAUAUGGAUGGAUGGGAAAUAAGCGACAAGUACAUUACAUAAUAA